ACGAUCGAAGACACGACUUUAUUACGUCAUGUGAAUAACAUCGUGACCAGCGAGAAAGCCAACGUGAGGAACAUGUUGCGGUAUAAAGGCGCUCACCUGUACCCACUCGCUAGUUCACGACUUGACCAUGAACGUGAAAGUAGCCCUCUUCCUGGCGGUCGUCGCGGUGGUGGCCAAUGUUGCUGCUGCAGCCUCUGCAUGCAACCCGUACCCAUUCGGAUACGGGUACCAAAAAAUGGGCGACUUGUUCACGACAGUGAAGGGUUGUCUCAACAGCAUCCAGGAGACUUCUGACAAGUGCGCGUACGCCGCCAUUUCCGGCAUGAUCGAAGCCACGCUGCAUGAGCCCUACGCCAACAGCGACCAACGCAAGACCGUUCGCUUUGUCAGCCAAUGCCUCAGGAGCGCUAAAGUGGCUGAAACGCGCAUCACCAAAGCCGAGGAGUGCCUGGUCAAGAUGAAGCCAUGAUUUCAGUCGACGCAAUUGCUAAAUAGUUCCUCUGGUACGAAAACAACAGCUGGCGUCAUGAUUAGACGAGAAGUUGGACCCUGACAAGUAUGAUGAAUAAACCAUUAG